AGUAGGAAAAGUGUGUAUUCCGUAUUAAAGGUUGAAAAAUAAGAAUCUAAACUUUAUAUUAGUGUCAAAAAAUAAGUUUAAAAAUAACGCAACUAUAUAUAUUUCAACUGUUAUUGUGUUUUCUGAAGAAAAAAAUCAGGAUAUAUAUAAUAUUAAGGACUUUAUUGUGUUGAUUUUCUUUGAACUAUGGGAGAAGUUGCUGGACGGAUUUCUUUUUUGAGACAACAAAGAAAGGCAAAGCGAUCCGAACUUAUAAAAAAUGAAAGUAAAAUUAAAUUGGAGGAUAAAAGUGAUAUCAUUGAAAACAAAAGGAACAAAUAUCGAAAUUCGUCUUGGUCAGAUGUGUAUAAUGCUACCGUUAUGUCCAGAGCAACGCCAUUGCGCAAUAAUGGAAGGUUUCUGCAAACGGACCAUAAACUUGCUGCUAUUCUUGACAAAUCACGUAAUAAAAGACUUAACCAACAGAAACAUAUAACGUGGUUUGACAAAUUCAAACGAGUUCAUUUUAGGGAAUUUAACAACAAAGCUGCGAAAUAUGAAUUUAGUAGGAAAAAAACUUCUGACGACUAUCUGAAUGAGAAAAAACCAAAGAAGUUCAAACAACUGCCUAAGAGUGAGAGGAUGGGAUAUCUGAAAUUUUUUGCUGCGACGAGGCUCCGGUACAAAGCCCGCACGAUGAUUGGAGCUACCGGAAGCCGACACAUAUCCCAGCGCCGUCGUGCAUCCCUGGCUACCCCCGCCGCAUCGCCGUCCAUGUUUUCGCCUUUACAUCAAUUGGCGGAGGAAGAUGAAGAGGGUCCAAAAAUUCCGGCAUUGAGGCGGCGGGCAGUCGACACCUCCGACUACCGAACUUGUGCCAUAUUACAAACACGCCUUAAAAAUGUCAAACAUUACCCCGAAGAUGAUCAGCCGUCAGACGACAGUUUUAGGGUUUCGAGUGACGAUAUAGAACUUGAAAUAGAACACGAUUCUAGAAUGGCAACGUUUUCUGUCGGAGGAGGAGGUCAUGAGGAUGGGGAUUUUAACGGACCAUAUGAUGGAAAUAUUCGCCAUGUUGCCAAAAAGGCAGCUAACCUUAGUCUUCCGGGAACAUUAGGCUCCAACUCUAGAUCUUUAUUUAUCUUCAGUGAAGAAAACUUUAUCAGAAAAUACGCCAAGAUAAUCAUAGAAUGGGGGCCUUUUGAAUACAUGGUACUACUAACGAUCAUAGCUAACUGUAUUGUAUUAGCCCUUGAGGAACACCUUCCGGAGUUUGACAAGACACCGCUGGCUGUUCAGCUCGAAGCCACUGAGUUGUACUUUUUAGCGAUUUUCUGUGUAGAAGCACUGCUGAAAAUUGUUGCUCUAGGAUUUUGUUUACAUAAAGGUUCUUAUUUACGUAACGUGUGGAACAUAAUGGAUUUUAUUGUUGUAGUUACUGGGUUUAUUACCAUAUACCCCACCACAUCAAAUAGUUCAAUAGAUCUGAGGACAUUACGGGCCGUAAGGGUGUUACGGCCCUUAAAGUUAGUCUCGGGAAUUCCAAGUCUUCAGGUUGUAUUGAAGUCUAUAAUCCGGGCUAUGGCCCCCUUGUUACAAGUUUGUCUCCUGGUGCUCUUUGCUAUUGUUAUGUUUGCUAUAGUAGGAUUAGAAUUUUACUCCGGCGCUUUCCAUCGUGCCUGUUUUAAAUUAAAUGUCAAAUAUGAUGUAAAUAGUGAAGAUAAUAUAGAUUUAGGUGAUGAAGAAGAUAUAAGGCCUUGUAAUGACAAAAUAGGUUCAGCAUAUGAUUUAGGUGGAUUUACAUGUCAAGAAAACAUUUCCGAGUGUCGAGGGGUGUGGGUAGGACCAAAUUUUGGAAUUACUAGCUUUGAUGACAUUGGUUAUGCUAUGUUAACAGUGUUUCAGUGUGUUACAAUGGAAGGCUGGACUAAUGUAUUAUAUUAUACAAAUGAUGCAAUGGGACCAUGGUUCAACUGGAUAUAUUUUUACCCACUUAUUAUAUUAGGAUCCUUUUUUAUGCUCAAUUUAGUUUUAGGAGUUUUAAGUGGUGAAUUUGCCAAAGAGAGAGAGAGAGUCGAAAACCGCCGUGCUUUCUUUAAAUUACGCCGACAGCAACAGAUAGAAAGAGAAUUAGAUGGCUAUUUAGAAUGGAUAUUAAAAGCAGAAGAAGUAAUGCUCAAUGAAGAACGAACAACAGAUGAAGAUAAAUUAAAAAUAAUGGAAGCGAGACGACGAGCUGCAGCAAAGAAAGUACGACAGUUAAAAGAAGGAACAGAUGGUAGUGAUGAAAAUAAUGAUGAUAAUGACGAUGAUUUAUUAGCAGAUAUGAAUAUGCGAAAUGGUUAUGGUAGAAAUUAUUCAGGUCGUUGUGCCUCGUUUUGGCAAGCAGAGAAAAAAUUUAAAGUCACUGUUCGUCGUCUUGUAAAAAGUCAAUUUUUUUACUGGCUAGUUAUAGUAUUAGUACUUCUGAACACAGUUUGUGUGGCAUCAGAACAUUAUGGCCAACCGUUGUGGCAUACACAGUUUCUAUAUAUUAUGGAGUUUGUGUUCCUUGGUUUAUUUUUGUUUGAGAUGUUAGUGAAGAUGUAUGGUCUAGGAGUAAGAAUGUAUUUCCAGUCUUCUUUUAAUAUAUUUGAUUGUGUGGUUAUUGUUGGAAGUAUAGUAGAGGUAUUAUGGUCAGAAUACAAGGAUGGUGAUUCUUUUGGUAUCAGUACACUCAGAGCUCUACGCUUACUGAGAAUAUUCAAAGUUACCAGAUACUGGUCUAAUUUACGAAACCUGGUGGUCUCUUUACUUAGUAGUAUGCGGUCUAUUGUUAGUUUGCUGUUUUUGUUGUUUCUUUUUAUACUUAUAUUUGCCCUUCUUGGUAUGCAGCUAUUUGGAGGAGAGAUGAAUUUCCCUGAAGGAAGACCUGCAGCACAUUUUGAUACAUUCCCCAUAGCUUUAUUAACAGUGUUUCAGAUAUUGACUGGAGAAGAUUGGAAUGAAGUGAUGUACAAUGGUAUAAGAUCCAGGGGUGGAAUUCAGGGUUAUGGAAUGUUAUACUCAACAUACUUUAUAGUUCUAGUAUUGUUUGGUAACUACACCCUUCUUAAUGUAUUCUUGGCUAUUGCGGUGGAUAACUUAGCCAAUGCUCAAGAACUGACGGCUGCUGAAGAGGACGAGGAGGAUGCUAAAGCUAUGCUUAAAGAGGAAAUGAAACAAGGCAUUGCUGGACAAUAUAACGAUUCAUCGAAACAGAAGAUAUUGAAACUUCAGCAGGAUGAAAUGUUAGCUGCAGGAAAUGGAAAUGGAGGGGGGAUGCCAGGGAUCAACAUCUGUCCCCCAUCUCCACAGAAUAAUGAGCCAGAUAAAACAGGAAACUUUCCAUACAAAACACAAGAGAAUAUUAUAAAUCAAAACAAUCUGGUCGAUAAGAAAACUGUAGCUGUCAACAUAGAUACACAGAAUAAAACAGAUAAAGAUAGUCCUAACUCUGCUGAUAAGAAGCAUAAGAAAGCAGACAAUAGCAGCUUGGGUCUGACUGAGAUAGAAAAGAAACAGCAAGAAGGAGGUUUUGGUGUCCCUAAACCAAUGCUUCCAUAUAGUUCUAUGUUUAUAUUUGGUCCAACUAAUCCAGUUCGUCGCUUCUGCCAUUUUGUCGUCAAUCUUCGAUAUUUUGACUUAUUUAUCAUGAUUGUCAUUUGUGCCAGUAGUAUUGCCUUGGCAACAGAAGAGCCUGUGAAAGAAGAUGCCUUCAGAAACAAAAUUUUAAAUUAUUUUGAUUAUGUGUUUACGGUGGUUUUCACAAUAGAAAUGAUACUAAAGAUAAUUGACAUGGGUAUCAUCCUACAUCCUGGAGCUUACUGUAGAGAUCUGUGGAAUAUCUUAGAUGCCUCAGUUGUCAUAUGUGCUCUUGUUGCUUUCUUUUUCACUGAAAGUGCAGGGAAAAAUUUGAAUACAAUCAAAUCACUGAGAGUGUUUAGAGUUCUUCGACCACUUAAAACAAUUAAUAGAAUUCCAAAGUUAAAGGCUGUGUUUGAUUGUGUGGUGAAUUCCUUGAAGAAUGUGUUUAACAUCCUUAUUGUAUACAUGCUGUUCCAGUUUAUUUUUGGUGUAAUUGCUGUACAGUUAUUUAAAGGGAAGUUUUUCUUUUGUACUGAUGAAUCAAAAGAGACAAAGCAAGAAUGUCAGGGUCAGUUUUUCUCAUAUGAAGAUGGAUCUGAGACUCCUACAGUUCAGGAUAGAGUGUGGGACAGGAGAGAUUUCCAUUAUGACAACAUUGUUUAUGCCAUGUUGACCCUGUUUACUGUUACAACAGGAGAAGGAUGGCCUCAAAUCUUAAAAAAUUCAAUGGAGGCAACAAAAGAAGAUCAUGGUCCUAAACAAGCUUAUAGAAUGGAGAUGGCUAUUUAUUAUGUUGUGUUUUUCAUUGUCUUUCCAUUUUUCUUUGUAAACAUUUUUGUGGCCUUAAUCAUUAUAACAUUUCAAGAACAAGGGGAGAGUGACUUAGGUGAUCAAGAUUUAGACAAAAAUCAGAAACAAUGUAUAGAUUUUGCUGUAAAUGCUAGACCUGUUUGUCGUUAUAUGCCGCAGAAUAAAGAUUCUAUAAAAUACAAGAUUUGGAAGAUUGUUGUGUCUCCCAAGUUUGAAUACUUAGUAAUGACUCUCAUUGCUUUAAACACAAUCGUGCUGAUGAUGAAGGAAGACAAUUCACAGGACAAUAUACAGAUGAACAAUAGCCAAUCAAAGGCCAAAACACAGGAGGAUGUCCUCAUUUACAUCAAUAUAACUUUCACGAUAUUGUUCUCAAUUGAAUGUUUUCUAAAGCUAUUGGCUUUUGGAAUCAAGAAUUAUUUCCGAGAUCCUUGGAAUGUAUUUGAUUUCAUCACGGUAGUUGGUAGUAUAGUAGAUGUUUUAAUAAGCCUCAUUAAUAUAGGGAAUAGCUAUGCAAGCUUCAACAUUGGUGUCUUCCGGCUAUUCCGAGCAGCCAGAUUGAUUAAACUUCUGCGGCAGGGGUACACUGUAAGACUGUUAUUGUGGACAUUCCUUCAGUCAUUUAAGGCCUUACCAUAUGUAUGCUUGUUGAUCCUCAUGCUGUUUUUCAUCUAUGCUAUCAUUGGAAUGCAAGUGUUUGGGAACAUUAAGUUAGAUUCACAUACAGCCAUUACAAGACAUAAUAAUUUUAGACAUUUUUUCCAAGCUUUAAUGUUGCUCUUUCGGUGUGCUACGGGAGAAAGUUGGCAACAGAUAAUGUUAUCAUGUUUAGGUGGACAGGAAUGUGAUCCGGAGUCAGGAUUAACUGGCAAAUCAUGUGGAUUAGAUAUUGCCUAUCCUUACUUCAUGACUUUUAUAUUUCUCUGUUCUUUUCUUAUGUUAAAUUUGUUUGUUGCUGUUAUAAUGGAUAAUUUUGAUUAUUUAACAAGAGACAGUUCCAUAUUGGGACCUCAUCAUUUAGAUGAGUAUACACGAGUUUGGGCUGACUAUGAUCCUGGUGCUACAGGAAGAAUACAGUAUACAGACAUGUAUGAUAUGUUACGAAACAUGGAGCCACCUGUUGGCUUUGGUAAAAAGUGCCCAACAAGACUUGCUUACAGAAAGUUGAUACGGAUGAACAUGCCAGUAUAUCCAGAUUCAACUGUCCACUUUACAACUACGCUUUUUGCACUGAUAAGAGAAUCUUUAGGAAUCAAAAUGUCUACAACUGAAGAAAUGGACAGAAAGGAUGGAGAAAUGAGGGAAGUAAUCAAAAAGGUUUGGCCUGCUCAGGCAAGAAAAAUGUUGGACCAUUUGCUCCCACCUAAUUCUGAACUAAAUGGUUUUAAUCUGAGUGUUGGGAAGAUUUAUGCUGGUUUAAUGGUUGCUGAGAAUUGGAAAGCGUACAAAGCAAGUCAGUCAAAAGGUGGACCUUAUAGAAUGGAGGAAAAUAAGGAGGAGAGGCCACCAUCUUUAUUGCAAAGAUUUAUGGGUAAACUGACAGUAUCUGGUAGAUCCAAUCAAAGUUUAGAUCACGCAUCAGACCAUUCUUCUGAAGAUGAUAUUGAUGGUCAUAGUAUAGAUAAACAUCAUUGGCAGAGAUCGUUUUCUGGUUUUCUUAGAAGAGGCAGUAGUAAAAGAAAGAAAGAAGCCCAGCAUCAUCAACAGUCAGAUGUCAGUAGUUUACAUGUUCACAACCCAGAACUUGGUUGUUACAUAAAUUCCUCUUUUUCAUUGGAGGACGAGAGUGAUGAUGUCAUAUCCUCCGUUUCAUCACCGGUUAGUCGUAAAAGAGUCCAUUUUCAUGGACCCUACUUCAGGCAUAGGAAGUCUAUGGACCGGCAGGACUUCUCAAGUGGUCUGAAACCUGAACAUGCAUCUGGUCAAGGGCCGACAGCUCCCAGCAGGCCUGGUAGUAAAAGUCCUUCAGUUCCUACGACACCUGUCUCACAAAGAUCUCCUAUCCAUCCAAUGAUGCCUUAUCACAGUCCAUUUGGAUCACCCACAAAUUCUCCCAUGUUACAGAGAAGGUCACCUUCACCACGUCGUAAUGAAUUUGGAUUUGCGUCAGCAGUUUCUAAUUUAGUUGAUCAGGCUCAUUCUAUAGCUGAAAUGGAUCGACGAAAACAUUAUGGUUUCAAAGCAGAUGAAAGUUUAAGUCUACCCAAUUCUCCACAACAAAGGAAAUCUAGAAGUUUGAGGAGACCACCAUUACAGCCACAAGGGAAUGUAAUUGGAUCUCCACUCCCUAGUCCACAACCACUGAGAAAGAGGGAUUCAGCAUUUUAUAGGUCAACUUCAUUAGAAACUAGGUCACGGUCUCCUUCUCCUUCAACUACAACACCAUCACAGACACCUCAGGCAGAAUAUUACGGAACUGCAAAUUUAACUGAUAGAUCUCGAAGUCCUAGCCCAGUAUCAACACCUCCUAAAAAACAAAAACAGAAACAGAAACAGGGGAGAAAACUCCCUCCAGUUCCUUUACCACCAGCUUUAAAACCAUCAACAUUAAAUCUUUCAACACCAAAACUCAAAGACAAAAACUUGCCACGUGUUAUGCCAUCACCGACAAUACCACAACCACCAAGAAGUCCAGGAAAUAUUAAUUUUCCCCGUUUAAAUCAAUCACCAUCACACGCACCUAGAAACUUUCCUUCAUCAGGAUCAUACAAUUAUAAUUUACAUUUAGGCAAGUUUGGAAAACCAGAACCUUAUAGUCCAACAGAAAGAAACAAUUUAAACAAACCAACAGUAUCAGUGCAUUCACGAACAUUGCCAAAUAUAGGUAGAAAUAAUAGAGACCAAGAAAUAUGGAUGCGUGAAAAAUCAAACAUUAGACAUGAUCCAAGAGCAAGUAGUCAAUCACCAGAUAUAAAUAAAAAUAGUAGUGAUAGAACUAAGAUAUUAGCCGGAGAUUUCAAUGACCCUUCGUCAAGCUCAAAUAGAGGAUCUAGACCUUUAAAGACUGUGCCUAAUGGCUUCAAACCUAAAGGCAGAAAAAAGAAAGCAGAAAAAAUGGAAAUGAGAAGUGAUAGCAAUAUACCUCUAAAUAUAGACUCUGAUGAGGAUGAAUCUGAUUGGUGUUGAUCAACUUUCUUUUUAAUUUAUAUAUACAUGUAUAUGAGGAUAUUUUUAAUAGUCACUUUUAUUUCACAAUUCAGAUGUGAAGAAAGUAGGUAAUUUGGCAUUCUAGAAAUUUAUUUUAGUACCUAUUAGUAAAACCAUGAAGUGCAUUUCCUUUUUUCACUGUUUUUGCAUUAGUAUAAUUCUUUAGAAUAUUUGUUCAAUUGAAACAAUAUAAUGUGAUGUAUUGUAUGUUAACAGUGUUAUAUCUUGUAUCAUAAUCAGAAAGUAAAUUUAAACGUUGCUAUCACACACAAUGAGUUGUUUUGAGAUUUGUGUACAAGAUUUAAUGUUAUAAAUGAUGUGUUAAAAUAUUUGUCAAAAUUUUGAAAAUAUUAGUACCCUUCACUGCCAUAAAAUGGUUUUCUCUUCCUUUAAUGUGAAUUAAUUGUAGUUAAUAUUAUGUAUAUUUUAUUGUUAAACAAUAUUGAAUAUUGUCCAUUGCCCAUUUAAAGAAAAUUGUCAUUUGUGGUGAUUGGUAGUACUUUUUUAUUGUGUCGCUCAUGCAACUAAUUUCUGUCAUGUGAUCCUAUUCCUUCUCAUAAUGUAUUCAAAAUGUUGAGAAUAGAAAUUUAUUGUUAAGAUAAAGACUCUGUUUAAUCGUUUAAAGUUCAAAAUUUAACACUCUCUCUCUGCAAAAGCAUUCAUAUACAUUACACAUGGAAAUUGAUCAAUUUAACAUGAGCUGCUAACAAUACCCAACUCCAUAAAUGUGGCACUGUCCGUCACUAUAACUUUAUUUCAAAAAGGAAUAACCUGAAUCAUUUGACAGCGUAAGUAGAAAAAGCAGACUAUUCAUUUACAUACAUCAGUAACAUGUGAUGUGGCCCUUGUCCCUAAUAUUUCUGUUUCAACAUUCCACAAAAUUUCAUUACAGACAGAAUUUAUAGUUCAUGUAACCACAUUCUUAGAGCAUCACUCACUUUCACAGACACAAUUAUUAUAAUUUUAUAAUUUAUCAAUGAUUUAUUUAUUCUAUUUUUAUGUCAAACCAUUCCAAUUAUUUUUUUGUGAAGAAACUUUAUAUUCCACAACCAUUAAUCAACUGACUUUAGUGAAAAAGGCCUUUCAAUUUUCAAUUUUUUUGUUUGCAUUUUCAUGCUUUAAAGGUAAUUUCCAUUUGAAGUACAAAAUAACUGCUGCAUACCUCAUAUCUCUUUUUACUCAUUCAACAAACUAUUUUAGUUUCCUGCUAAGUCUUUGGCCACCAUUCCAGUCAGGUAUAUAGCUCUAAAUGAAAUACUAACAGAUUAACAGAUUAAUAAUGUAAGAAGCUUGACACUAUUGACGACACCAGCCUUAAUUUGUAUAUUUCUUUUAAAAGUUUAUUGCCUGUUAUUCCUCCUCUAUUAUAGUUUAUGACAAAUUAUUCCCAAAGUUUCCUGUGAUAUAUCUCCAGUUGUAAGAGUGUGUAUUAAAUGUUACUUAUUUGAUUGUGUACUUUUUAUAUUUUAUUUAAGGGGCUGGCCCCACAGUGUAUUACUGUUUCUGGACAGCUUGUUUCAAUGUGUUCAUGUUGUUUUAUACUUGUUCAUUCCAAUCACUAUAGCUUUAUAGAACUUGCCAGAAUUUUAUUCUGUUUUGUAAAUUCCAGUAGGUGAUUCUUUGUAGAUAAACUAUUUAUAGCACUUACUCCAUUAUAUUUUGCACCUUUUAAAAAGUUAAUAGGUUUAUUAAAUUUUGUAAGUUUGUGUUAUUAAAUUUAUGUAAAUAGUUAUUUUAUACAAAAUUUUGUAGAUAUGACAUAUAAAUUUGUAUGUUUCAUUUGUCUUCAGAUUGUUUGUGUACCUGAUAAACUUUUAACAUGAUACUGAAUACUUUCUACUAUAGAUAUUCUAAAAAAAAGUUCUGAAAAAUUUUGCUUUUGAUUUUUAGUAGUAACAAAGUUGUAUUGGAUAUUUCAGCCACAACUUGCAGAUCCAAAAUACAUCAUUUUCACAGUUUUCUUGUUUAUUUUUAUCUGCCAUUCAUAUGUUAUUAAGCUGCAAGUUAAAUAAGUAAAUAAGUCACUUUAAAAUAUACAUAUAAAAAGGUAUGUAUAAAGAAAUGCAAUUUAGUGUUAAUUUGAUGAAAAUUAAACCAAACCAAGGAAGAGCCAGUCUGCUUUUAAAAGCACAGCAAAAUAAAUAAUCUUUCAUUUUAAUAUGUUUGUGAAUCUUCUUUUCUUUUACUGAAACAUAUAUAAUCAGUUUUUGGCUCUAUGGAUUCUUUUUAAUAAUAUUCUUCCUAAAAUGUUGUUAUUCAUAUUAUCUUUAUAGUUAUAAAUGUUUAUUUUUGUUAUAUUACUCUAUCAAAUAUUUUAUUCUUAGGCCACACCAAUUUAUUUUUAAGUUCCUUGGAUUUUCAAUAAAUGAAAGAAGGCAAUGCUACCAGGCUUCUUUUGAUAAAAUUCUUUAAAUGUGAAAAUAAUUUCAAAAUGUUGUUAAAACAUGAUGUCUAAAAUAUUCAUCUGGAAAAUUUCUGGGGAAGUUUAAACUUUUGUGGAAUUUUCAUAAGUAGAAUUUUUCAAUUAUUUACUAUUUUUUACCACAUGCAACAACAUUAUUAAUCACACAAGUUAAUGCUAAGCGACAUGAUAAUUUUUUGAAAAUCCAGAGAAAAAAACUUUUUGUGUGGCCUCACUUGUUAUGGGUUUUAUAAUUAACAUUUUCAGGGAUUUCUUUUUAAUUUAAAAAGAAAAUCUUCCUGUUAUUCAAUGAGGAUUGUUACACUUUAUUGUAGUAAACUGGUUACUUUAAGACUAGUGUUAAUGUCAAGAUUGUUUUUAUGCAGAUCAACUGUAUCCUUUUGACUUAUUAAAUAAAAUAAUGUAUUGACAAUGAAGCUAGAUAGUUACAUAGUAUAUAUUGUAUUGCAUUUGUAACAAAUGAUUGCCAUCUAUCAAUCAUCCAUUCAAAUCUGGGUUUUAAAAUUUUGAGAGAAUUGUGCAACAUCUUACAAUCAAUAGAGAAUGAACUUAAGGAAAUCUAAAUCUUAUACUGCAUCAGUAAAGUUAAAGAAUUUUUUCAAUUAUAUGUCCUGAAAGCACAAUAAUUUGAUAAAAUAUGUUUUGUUCAUUAUUCUUGAACUAUUGAUAAGCAUUACAAAUUAAGGCACAUCAAUGUCCUUAUGAAACAAGUGCAAUAAAUAUGUAUUUUUCAAUGCUCAUAUCAUGUAAGAAUCAAAUAAACAUAGCUUUCAUAGUUUUGAAUGUGUAUUGUGUAUGAAUAAUUUCACUUAUCAUUAUUUAUUAUAUUAAGUAUGUGGACAAUUGAUUUACAUGUAUGAAGAAUGAAUUACUUCUAUGAUUUUUUUAUUUCAUUGCUUGAAAUACAAUAAAUAAUUAAAAAUA